AUGGCCUACCAAAGAGGCCAGAGCAAGGAUGCAAAGACGGGCCAUUCAGAGGAUGGGGACAGGAACGAGCGAAUGAGACGCAGCCUGUACCUCGAGUCGACGCGCGACUGGAUGAUGGGCAUGUGGUAUCUGGUCUUGGUCCUCCUCGAGAGGGCUCAAGACAUGGAAGACAGGGCUGGGCGCGGGGUGACAACCAUGUUCGUUACGACCCCGCCGACUCUGGCUGGGCUGAUAUGGAAGACUCUGCGGUGCUUGCCUCUCAGGCCCCAUGCCUUCCAGCAGGGCAAGAUGCUCGACGAGACGAAAACCAUGGGAGGGGCUGAGAAGAAAAACUGGGCUCUCACGUAG